AUGAAGAUCGUCUAUAUUGGAAUCCUCCAAAAUGGCCAGGCUCCCGCAGUGGAGCUCUGCGCCGAGCGCGAAUUAAGCAGCUACUCGCGCUUUACCAGGGGUAGCAUCAGCGAGUUCAUGACCAUGUUCAGCAAGACUGUCGCCGAACGCACGAAACAAGGCCAGCGACAAGACAUCCAGGAGCAAGACUUCACAUUCCACGUAUACGCGCGCACCCAGGGUAUCGCUGGGGUCAUUAUCAGCGAUAAUGAGUACCCUUCCCUAGCCGCUCACCAGGUGCUUUCCAAAACACUUGACGAGUUCCUCACCCUCCACCCGAACGCUGGUUCCUCGCGCGAACCGAUCCCCUUCCCCUCUCUCAAGACCUACAUCCAGGCCUAUCAGGAUCCUCACCAGGUCGAUAGCAUUCUCAAGAUCCAGAAAGAGUUGGAUGAGACCAAGAUCGUUCUGCACAAGACCAUCGAGAGUGUUCUCGAACGAGGCGAAAAAAUCGAUGAUCUGGUAUCCAAGUCGGAGGGUCUGAGCGCACAGUCGAAGAUGUUUUACACAUCGGCGAAAAAGCAAAACUCCUGCUGCGUGAUUAUGUGA